GCGCAGGAGAGAAGGGCAAAAACUCGGUCCCUGUCAAUUGGUUGUUUUAUUGCUCUCACUCUCCCCUUUCAUUGCCCUCUCUUACUUGCUCUCCCUCUCCCUCAGGCCUUGGAUUACUCAUCCUCCAUUGAAAUAGAGAUAGAGAGAAUCCUUCACUGAAAUAGAAAUAGAGAGAGGGGAGGAUGGCUCGUGGUACAUCCCAGUCUCAGGCCUCAUCGUCGUCUUUGUCUCGGCCAGGGUUAGCGGCCCCAAGAGGCACCCCUGCUGCUUCAGCUGCCGGAAUGCGUCGCCGCAGGAUCAGCACGGGAAGCACCCCAGCUUCCGCCUCUGCCAGCGGAGGCAGCAGCAACAUGCUGAGAUUCUACACCGACGAUGCACCGGGCCUGAAGAUCAGCCCCACUCUCGUUUUGGUUAUGAGUCUCUGCUUCAUCGGCUUCGUCACUGGCCUCCAUGUCUUCGGAAAGCUCUAUCGCUACAACACUGGGAGCACUUGACUUCUCUACCGCCUCUCAGUUUGGUUUUUAUCACUCGCUAGUCUCUACUUACCUGUAAAUUCUUCUAGGUUUUCUUUUUAGAUUUUUGAAGGAGGGGGAAUCUUUUCUCUCCCAUCUCAAUUUUUUUUUUUUGUCUUUGUUGAGGGGCCUUUAUUCUGUUGGGAGACAAAUAUGCUUGGUUUUUUUCUCUGUCUUUUAUUUUAUUUUUUUUCCUUUUCUGGUGUAAAGGCGAUGGACUCUUAUGAAUGUUGUUCUGAGUGUCUUAUAUGCCACAAUCUCUUUUCAUUGUAUGGAAAUCCUUUUUUCUAUUUUUUCCUAUAGGGUUUCCUUCUAGCUGUGUUUUUAUUGUUGAUUAUUUACACUUGUGUCUGUAAUUUUA